UCAGGUACAAACCACUGUCAUUCGAGCACCAAGUUAAAGAAAACACCGUUUAACAAAAACAACAUUUGUGUGACUCAAAGAUUUCCGUCCAUAGAUGGCAAAUGUGAAAUUAAUACAGGAAAGUGUAGGACGCCUAGGCGGUGCGUGCGGUGGGUCGUAUUAUUUGCUAUAGUUGAUAGGUUAUCGAACCGGCUAUCUCCAUAGUUUCAGUGGCGACGAAGGCCGCACGAUUCUAACUAACUGGUAAUUGCUUUUAAUACGAUUAAUUGACAUUCAGAUGUAAAUUUAUACCCGCAACGCAGAGAGCGUGAUAAAAGGCCAUGCCCUGGGCUCUUACGGGUAGAUGGGCGUGAAACGAGUCCCUGACAACGAUAUGCUCACAGCUUUCGCGAUACAAUUUAGAAAAUAACAAGUAACUGCCAUUGAUAUGUCACGAAUAUUUAGCAACAUUAAAUCCCAAUUCAGUCUUCCUGAUAUUAGCUUGGUGCUUGUAUCGAACCUGACAGAUUACAUUGAACGAGCUACUCUAUACUUGAAAAAGGUGGCAUUAGGUUGUUAGGUAACGAACUAUUCUACUGUACAAUACCCUAAAUUGAUCUGCCAUUAUUGGAGCUAUUAUCUCAGCUUAUUUUGUGUGUGUGUAUAAAUGUGUGGAUUAUUGGAUGUGAUAAAAGGUGUAAGCUCGAAUAAAUGAGAUAAAUCAACAAAUCAACUUUAAUGGACAGAACGGUGACAAUCAACAAUGGGUUGUCACUAUGUCGCUCUGUUAAAGCUGUAUCGGGACUAGACAGCUCAAUCGUUCUCUUUGUGUGACUGGGAAAAGUGCACUUCAGUCGAACCACAGAGACCUCAGGCAGAGAGCUCAAGCUGUACGACGAAACACGUAGCUUUCUUCUAGCAAUGAACCAAGAAAGACAAGGCGAGGCCCGCCGGUCUACGUCUUUUCGGAUUGAUGACAUUUUAGCUGAACCUGUUAAGCCUGAGACAGAAACUCCUGCUGUACACAGUUCUACUGUGGGCGAGACAAGCACAGCCACCGCGCCGAGCUCUAGUAAAAAUUCCACAGAUCUUCCAUGCGUUCCAACCCUUCGGUUUGGUGUGGACUCUCUUUUAUCACGACCAUCAACGGAUCAAUCCCCGAGUAGAUAUGACUCCUACUACCAGUUACUACCGGGUGGCUACUGGAGCCCACCAUACACGUGUUAUACCGCUGGCCAUGGUUGCAAUUCAUGUUACACUUCAGGCCAUCCCGCUUUGUCCUACAUCAACACAGCCAAGCUACCAGUGUAUGGCGACAUGUACAGCACAUACGAGACACAACCAUCGUCAUCAACCUCACAAUACCCACAGUCCCCCAGCGGCCAAACAAAGACGCGCAAGGCUCGCAGGCCCUGGACCCGAGCUGUUUUUUCCAAUCUUCAACGUAAAGGACUAGAAAAAAGAUUUCAAGUACAGAAGUAUUUAACUAAGGCUGAUCGACACCAACUUGCUUCGAUGCUAGGACUAUCAGACAAUCAGGUGAAGGUCUGGUUUCAAAACCGUAGAAUGAAAUGGCGGCAAGACGCCCGUGAAUCUGUGACAAGUACUAAUACAGAGCCCGACGAGACCGCGGGCUCAUAGCGUCACGCAACAGGCAUGGCGCAAAAGCGUGACAAAUGAGGACGACAACAACCCCGUGGAUGUCUCUCCCGCUGCAUGUCGGGAAAUCUUGCUCGGUGUCUUUUUCUUCGAGCGGUAACGGAAUAUCACGGAGAAAUAGUUAAAAACUUAAUUGCACCGGGAUCUUGGGGCCCAAAUCAUUAUAAGGGUAGAUAAGAAUCUGUAUGUAAAGAAUAAAGAAAAUUUUUAAAAAUGU